ACACAAAAAAAUAGAUAGGCCUGGUCUUCAGCUACAGACGUUCUUCACUAGCUGGUUUGUUUCCUUCUUCUUCUUCCUCUAUCCCACACAAAUCUCUCGGUUCCCAUUGAAACACAAAGCCCUGUCCAAACCCAACAAAAAGCUGGAAUCUUUGACUCUUAUUUGGCCUACCCUUUUCACAGAGACACUUGUACUCUUAUGGGUUUGAAUCCAUUUUGGAAAUGCAAAGGCUGAGACUUUGGUUUCUGAAGCAAUCAAGGAAAGCCAAAAAGGACAUGAACUUUGGAGCUGAUUGCUCAAAAAUGGAUUGGUCUUGAAAUGUGUGAAGUGGGUUUUGCUGUUUAGGAUUGAGAGAAUCGGUGCACCGCUUCGUUAUUGGGAUCUCAUCAAUCUGGUCCAGGCAAUCCAGUAGUGUAUUUUCUAUUGCUUUAAAGCUUUUCAUUGAAGAAUUUGAUCAUUUUGUGCUGUUUUUGUUGGAGGGUAUUUGUUGGUUUUGUAUGUUUGUAUGUGUAUCAGUGGCUUUUGGAUUUCAUUGAUAGUUGUAUUGGGAUUGAAGGGAAAAGUUUGAAGCUUGAGAAUAAUGGUGUCUGCUAAUGACCCAAUUGAAUCGUUUUUUAAUUCGAUUCAACUAGUUAAGGAGGCGUUCUCGCCACUAGAAUCGAGCAUUAAGAAAGCUGCUAGAGACUUUGAGUGUUGCUGGGCAGGGUCUAAGAAUAGAGGAAAUGCUGUUGAAUUGGUUACCCAAUUCAGUGGUGGUGAUAAGAAUGGUAAAGUUCAGGUCUUUGGGGGGAAGAAGAGAGGUGCUCAGAAUGUGGCAACUGUUGGUGAGGAGAGGAAGAAAGGGUUGUUGAUUAAGGUUCCUAUAAAGGCGUUUCUUGGGAAGUUUUCGCAGAAUUUGGGGAAUGGGGAGGUGUCAAAUGUUGGGGUGAGAGAGAAGGAUUGUGCAAAGGAGGAUGGGUCUUGUGUGAACUGCUUGCAUUUUGCAGUGUCUUGGUCUUUGUUUGUGAAUAGUUUUGUGCAGGCAUUUCCGGGUCCUUUUAAGAUGGGUAAGAAGAGGCUGCAGAAGAUGAGUGAUGAGGAUAAAGCAUGUUCUUGUUCUAGGCCAGAGGUUUUGGGGGACUUGAAACAGAGGGAGUCUAAGGGCCAUCGUGUCAGAGCAAUUAAGAAUGAAACUGUGUCACAUAAACAAGAAAACGAUGUGUCACUAGAAUGCUUCAUAGGUUUUGUUUUUGAUCAACUUACUCAGAAUCUUCAAAAGUUUGAUCUGGGGGUUCAAGAAAGUGAUCGUGAAACUUGUGAUACUUCCCCACAGCCACCUCCUUCCUCUCACUUUGAUCAUUUUAGGGCAGUUACUGCCUUGCUAGAAGGUCGGAAAGCAGAUGUAAAUGGGUUUCUUGGAAACUUGAAAUUUGCUAGAGUGGGAGGAGUGCCAUCAGGUGUUGUUGGGGUGACGUCUCCAGUUAAUGAAGAGGGUGAUGAUGGUGUUACUAGUGGAGAAUCUGCAGGAAGUUCGCCGCAGAAGCUUGCUAGUGAUAUACUCAGUAUUCCUUUAUCAAAUGUGGAGCGUCUGAGAUCCACAUUAUCCACAGUUUCAUUGACAGAACUGAUUGAGCUUGUACCUCAGAUGGGGCGGUCCUCUAAAGAGUAUCCAGACAAGAAGAAACUGUUCUCCGUCCAAGAUUUUUUCAGAUACACAGAGGCCGAAGGAAGGAGAUUCUUUGAAGAACUGGAUAGAGAUAGUGAUGGCCAAGUUACUCUGGAAGAUCUCGAAAUCGCCAUUAGACAGAGAAAAUUGCCACGGAGAUAUGCUCAUGAGUUCAUGCGUCGCACUAGAAGUCACAUAUUUUCAAAAUCUUUUGGUUGGAAACAAUUUUUGUCCUUAAUGGAACAGAAGGAACCAACCAUUCUACGUGCAUAUACUUCUCUAUGUCUAAGCAAAUCUGGGACGCUGCAAAAAAGUGAAGUGUUGGCAUCACUUAAAAAUGCAGGACUUCCAGCUAAUGAAGACAAUGCUGUUGCUAUGAUGCGGUUUCUAAAUGCAGAUACAAAAGGAUCUAUUUCUUAUGGACAUUUUAGGAAUUUUAUGCUCUUGCUCCCUUCUGAUCGGCUUCAAGAUGAUCCUCGGAGUAUUUGGUUUGAGGCUGCAACUGUUGUUGCUGUUGCCCCACCUGUGGAAAUACCUGCCGGAAGCGUACUAAGAUCUGCAUUAGCUGGGGGCCUUGCUUGUGCACUUUCAACUUCUUUAUUGCACCCUGUUGACACAAUUAAGACUCGAGUACAAGCAUCAAGCUUGACCUUCCCUGAGAUUAUUUCAAAGCUUCCACAGAUUGGAGUGCAGGGGUUAUACAGGGGUUCAGUUCCUGCAAUUCUUGGACAAUUUUCAAGUCAUGGCCUUCGAACUGGAAUAUUUGAAGCAAGUAAACUUUUAUUAAUAAAUGUUGCUCCGACACUUCCAGAUAUACAGGUCCAAUCUCUGGCAUCAUUCUGUAGCACACUUUUGGGAACAGCAGUCAGGAUUCCUUGUGAGGUGUUAAAGCAGCGGUGUCAGGCUGGCCUUUUUGACAAUGCUGGGCAGGCUCUUGUUGGGACUUGGCACCAAGAUGGUCUCAAGGGUUUCUUCCGUGGAACCGGUGCCACUCUUUGCCGAGAAGUUCCAUUCUAUGUUGCUGGCAUGGGGCUUUAUGCGGAAUCCAAAAAGGGUGCCCAAAAAUUUCUAGGGCGGGAGUUGGAACCGUGGGAAACAAUUGUUGUUGGGGCCUUAUCUGGCGGGCUAGCUGCUGUUGUCACUACACCCUUUGAUGUGAUGAAAACAAGAAUGAUGACUGCUCCACAGGGACGACCUGUAUCAAUGUCUCUUGUAGCCUACUCUAUUCUCCGCCACGAGGGACCCCUGGGCUUAUUCAAAGGAGCGGUGCCCAGAUUUUUCUGGAUUGCUCCAUUGGGUGCCAUGAACUUUGCAGGCUAUGAGCUUGCUAGGAAGGCCAUGGACCGAAAUCAGGAGCUAGCUGCUGCUGAACAGCUCCAGCAAAAGAAGGUGGCCUCUACUGGAUAAGAUUUUUGUCUCUUUGAAGUAAUGUCAUUACUUCAAACGUAUCAGCAGUGGUCCCCUAGUUAUUUUGAGAUGAAAGCAAUUAAAUGCUGC